UCAGAGCGAGUCAAACAUGGCGAGCAACUCGUACAAAGUUCCUAGGAAUUUCCAGCUACUACGUGAGUUAGAAGAGGCAGAAAAAGGAUGUGGUGAUGGAAGCAUAAGCUGGGGACUGCUCCAUGCAGAUGACAUGCAGUUGAACUGCUGGUCAUGUCUGAUUAUAGGUCCCCCAGGAACUAAUUUUGAAAAUAGAGUGUACACUUUGAUUUUGGAAUGUGGUGUCAAUUACCCUAUCGAGCCACCUUCUGCCAAAUUUGUAACAAAAAUACGAAUGAAGGAGGUCAAUGACCAGACUGGAGUG